GCGGCGCGGGGCCGGGGGGAGCCGCGGGGCCGGGAGCGGGGUAGGCUGCGCCCGUACUUAAGCGCGCUGCCCGAGCCGCUGACGUCUUUCGAAUUGGAGACGGGCUGCCCCGCUCCCGCCCCGGGCUCCAGCGGACACGGCCGGGGACGGAGCCAAGGUACGAGUGUCUUUCUAGAAUGUCCAGGCAUGCAAAAAAGCUUAGAGAUCAGGAUAUAAAUCCAUGUCUAGCGGAAACAGAUGCCACUACAAAAUGUAUGAAUGACAACAACUAUAACAAGGAUAUGUGUACUGAUUACUUUUUGAAGUACAAAAACUGCAGAAAAUUCUGGCAUGGCAUUAUGAUGCAAAGGAAGAGAAGUGGUGUGAAACCAGAGAUGCCCUCAGCAGAAGAAAGAAAGAAAAUCUUGGAAUCAAUGGGGAAGCCCUACUGACUAGAAAUCUGAAUUGACUGUUGUCACAAUACAUAUGAAGACUUGGCAGCAGCAAGUUACCAUUUCAUGAACCGGAUUUUACAGUUGCCAUAUGUUGGAUUAAAAUAAGAUCUUAAACUUUGAAAUGUGGGAGCUUUCUAGGAUAGAAUUUCCUGGGUUUGUUCCUACUUCCUGUCAUAGGAACCUGGCCUCUUUUAUUGGAAGAUACGGGUCUCAAUUCAACUUGUAUAGAAACUUUUGGAAGUAGAAACUACCUUGCUGUGAAAUGCUAAAUAUAAAAUUAAUGGGACUUGAAGAAAGCCUGUUUGAAAAGAUGGGUUGGUGAGCAUUGCAGUGUGGCUCUAAGUUCUAAGACUGGAGCAGGUUGAGAAGCUGGUACAUGCAAUGUGUUUCUUGCACUCAGCUGUUCUGCUCAAUAGUAUGGAUUUACCAUGUAUGAAUGUUGAAUUCUGUAUCCCCAGUUUAAAUAAGACUGUUCAUGAACUAAAAUCCUAAGUCCAACAAGCUUGUCAUUGGGUCUGCCACUGCACUUGUCAGUGACAGCAGAAGCUUGCAGUAAGUCAGAUCUGCAAGCUGUGCUAGUUAGAAGGUUAGAGAGAUGGGUGAAGAUAAAACUGAACUCCUCAGGUCUGAGCUGCAUAGUAAUUUCUGUGGAUAGUAAAUAGAUACUUUGGUGGCGGGCAGGCAGGGGGGACUUGCAGACAUGUAAACAGAUCCUCUGAGUGACAUGGCAGGUUUAACUAUAGCACAUCUAUCUAAGACUCUGGACAGCUGAAACCUGGGGUUUGGAAAUGCUUACUCAUAUGAGAUUACAAAGCUCAGUUUAAACAGGUACUCUAAUCUUAAAUAAAGUUGAUUCUUUAGCUAAAUUGAACAAGUAAUAAAUGUAAACAUGUUGCUGUCUAGGUGAAAUAGCGUUUUUUACCUUUUAUCUUCUGGUGUCCUGGCUUAAAAGCUUGUAUCCUGUGAUAAAACAGAAAAACUACUGUCAUGAGCUCAGGUUCCAUGUGAAAUCCUUUAGUUCAUACUGGGAUCAACUUGGCAGAACUCUGACUGACCUCAUGAAGGGUAGUGUAAAAGUGUUGUCUCUCUAUUUAGACUUUUUGGAAAGACUCCAUGGCUUUCUGUUUCUCCUGUCUGGCUUGUCUUGUUUCUUUCCACUGUAGGCCUGUUUCUUUGCUUGCUGUGAUUUUCUUGUUGUUUGAUCUGACUAGCAAUUCUACAAAAUCUGCUUUUGCUCUUCCUUUCUGCUCUCUGUUUACAUCUGAGUUUUGAAAUUGAUUAAUCCUACCCUCUCUGUUGGAAUGAGUGUGUAACUCUAUGCCUUUUGAGUAUGCAGUACUCCAAGCAAAGCUGUACAGCCUUCAAACAUGUCACAAGUUUCUCUUGUCGGUUCCUGGCAAGGAAAAUGUACUUUCUUCCAUCAAGACCAUAAGAUUCUUUAUUUCAAAUUACUUUCUCUUCACCUAAAGUGCAAACUUUGACAUUUUCUUCUUUUUGUAGUUGGGGUUUUUUGUUGUUGUUGUCUUUGGUUGGUUGUUUUUUGGUGGGAGUUUUUUGGGGGGUUUUUUGUUUUUGUUUUGGAGGUUUUUAUUGUUGUUUGUUUUUGUUUCCCUGUGUGUGGAGCUGAAUAUACUUUCAAGGGCUUGCUCUUUGCUGCCACAUCCUUGCUAUCUUUUAAUACCCUCCUACAUACCAAUCUUUCCACUUUUUUUUGGCCCAUUUGACACCAGUUCUUUUUUGACUUUAACAUUGAUUUUAACAUUUUGGUCUCUUCUCAUUGCAGUUUUUUUCUAGUACCUUUCUUUCAUCUCUGAUCUAAUGGUAUAGUCUUGCAGUGACUUUCUAAUAGAGCUCCUUUUGAAGGUUGUGUGUUCUCUGUUCUCUUUAAUAGUGAGAGAACUUGCUUUCAUUAAACCUAGCCAUAAUACUUCCUCAUUAACUGUGCCUCUCUUUGAUCUUCUUGUUCAUCUGCAGAUUUUGGGGAGCUGUUGUUCUCUUCCUUAGGGCCGUGUCUCUUCAGACUCUUCUGCCUUUGCUGCCUUUCUGGCUUUUUGCCUCCCUUGGUGUGUCUAAGGGUUCCUUCUCUCCUACUUGGCACAGGUUUGUCAUUUGCCACCUCUGCUGUAUCUUGGGACAUGUUCUUUGGUCCUAUGGCUUUAACUACUAUUCUAGUGCUUGCUAUUUUUCUGUUGCUGUGCUCUUAAAUUCUGGGCUUAUGUUAAAAUCGACAGUAUAUUUUAUGUGCAAGAAAAACAUCAUUCUUGAGGUGGGUAUGCCCAUUCUUCUUUGCAUAAGCUCAAGUUCCUUAACAUUACCUCAUUUAUCCCAGGAUUUCCCUUCAGGUCUUCUUUGCAUGUAGAAAUGCUUAUAAGUAUAGUAUGUAGCAGUGCUUAUAAUGCACUUACAAGUUGUUUUUUUUUUUCCUGACAAUAUUUGCUCAGGAAGCUUCCACUAAUGUUAUUUUCUUUUAAAGGAUAACUGGCCUAUCUUUUGGCAUUGAUAGGUGGCCUGUGCUGCUUUGUAAAGUGUUUGUAAAGAACUAGCACUGGUCUUCAAAAAAUCAGCGAAGGAGAUACAUUACUGCUUUCAGGUGUCAGUGCCAGAAUGUGGGAUCACAGGAUGGGCUAAGGCACAUGGAAUGCAGGAACAGCAGUCUAACGUUAGACUUCUGAUCAUCAGUGGAUGUACAUGGUAAGCUCCCUGUGCAUGUUGCAACAAAAAUUAGUUUAGUGUAGAACUGAGAGCAAUUUAAGCAGUGACCUUGUUGAUUUAAUUCAGGUAAUCAGUAAUCUGUUGUAGGGAAUGUAAUUUAUUUCCAUUGUAUAUUCCUUACUGUUAAAUAACACAAGUUUAUAAAAAAUCUUGAGGGAGCAAGGCGUUUUCUUCCUCAUGUCGUAAUGUCUCUCAGGAGUGAUCUGUUACUUGAGUAUGAGUUAUUAUUUUUAUCCCUCACUUGAGGUUGCUGUUCUUGCUUUCACUGCUGAAGCUCGAGUGGUAAAGUGUGAUAGCUUAAACAUAGGCUCUUAUGAGUUGAGAUUUUUCCAUUAAUUUUUGUAGUGUGAUUAACUACCUUUGGUUGUGAGCCAAAGAUAAUGGUCUUUUCCUCAUACCUGAGAGCUUACAUUCCACACUUCAUGAAACAGAGGUAAGCUGCAGCCUGCCACUCUUACUGGACCAAAAAAAAAAACCCAAAACCUGGGCUGCAUUAUUAAUUUCCCUAAAGCACACUCUUGUAUGUUAACCCAGAAAGUGUAACACAGUGGAUCAUUAUAAUUCAUUAAGAAACAGGGAAAGGGACCUGUGGGUUGGGUUUUGGUUUUAAGUAUGUGUAAUUACUCAUUUUGCUUGUGUACAAGGACCAAAUCUGGAUAGUGGCGUUAAUGUUUGAUAAUUUUUUUGUUUGACAGCUGGAUGGUGCUGUUGCACAACAGACUGAAAACAGAACACUCCACCCACUACUAGCUCUUUCAAGCUUUUUUGGUCUCUUCCCACAGAGGUAGCAGAAUUCAUCCAAUAGAAAGGAAAGAUUGAUCUGUCUCAACACUAUAAACAGAAAAGGAGGACAGAAGUCUAAAUCAUUGCUGGGAAAUAGAGGAUUUCUGUGCAGCCGGAGAAGCCCAGGAAUAUGGUCCUUGAUAGAUUUUUUCAGUGUGGUUAUUUGAUCACAGCUAGGCACUGAACAGCAGCUGUAGGCUUUCUCCCAGGUCUGGGUGAAUAUCCUGAUUCCCAUCUGUUCAGUUUUGCCUUCUCAUUUUUUCUGUUACUCUACAGUGCAAGGCCUUGUCUGGCUCAGAGUUUUCUGCUACCACAAUCGGGAUGAGUCUGUGCUCUUGAAGAUAUUCAAAGGAAAUUCACAGAAUUGCAGAGUAUCCUGAUUUGGAAAGGACCCACGAGAAUCAUUGAAUCCAAGUUAUCUAGCUCUAGAAUCCUGAAAAUUUCUUUGGAUUUAGCUGAAGCUUUUGAAAGGCAGGGAGUUGAAUCUGCUGCUGCUCCAAGUCUUUCAUGAUCUUGUAAUGAAACUUCUGCACUCAAGUGAUGAAGAAAAUGUGCAUAGAGGAGCUUUUGGUAAUACUUUUGCAGAACAGAUAAGAUAAAUUUAUAGUACAAAAUGUUAUGCUGUUCUAAUGCAUUUGGAGACAGCCCUUAACUCAUGUUUAAAGUAUCUACAUCUUUAAAGUUGGUCUUCCAAAAUAGCCAUGAAAUAAUUAUUAUGUGGAAAAACACCAUUGCAGGUUUUUGUUUUCUUGGAAGAAUCUCAGGCAACUGGAAGAAAUAGUUCUGUAAGUGUUAAAGUAGUAAAAAAAUAAAGCAAGCUGGCUAUUUCAGAAUAUUUUAACUUUUAUUGCAACUUGUUUGAUAUGAAGAAGAAAACAGAAGUACUGCAUUUAUAUUAACUAAAUACAGUGGAUCACUUAAACUUAAUUGCUUUAUGACAUAUAUGAUACCAUAUGUAGUAACUCAAACCAUCAGAUUGUAAGUAAUUUUUCUAUAUUCUUUGGGUUUCUACCUUGAUGAGUCCUAUCUCAAAAUCCUUUUUUGGAGGAAUGGUUCUGAAGAUCCUCAAUCAUUACUUGUUCUUACAAGUCCCCCUACCCUUGAGAUAUGUCUUUACCUAUUUUACUUCAAUAAACUGCUGUGCACUGCAAA